GAUGCAGCACGCGGCGCUCGUGUUCAUCCUAGGGGUCUUUCUUUGUUCCGUGACGUAAAUUCCCGGAACACGAGACGCGUCUACUUCCGCUUUAAGCGUAAACCCAAGCGAGUUGAUUCAGCCACAUUUUAUACACUGUACUCUAAAGAGAAAUCUCUCCACCAUGGCGCUGGAGUCCAGGAUCACCCAGGAGGAGAUCAGGAAGGAGCCGGAGAAGAGCAUCGACCGGGAGAAGACGUGCCCGCUGCUCCUCAGAGUCUUCACCACCAACAGCGGCCGACACCACCGGGGCGACGAGUUCGCCCGAGGCAACGUCCCCGCUAGCGAGCUGCAGGUCUACACCUGGAUGGACGCCACCCUGAAGGAGCUGUCUGGGCUGGUGAAGGAGGUGUACCCCGAGGCCCGCAGGAAGGGCACCACCUUCAGCUUCGCCAUUGUGUACCCGGAUCAGAUGAGGCUGGGAUACAGGGUUAAAGACGUGGGCAGCACGGUCGCGGGCCGUAAGGGGGCCGAGGACCUGAUGUCGCUGCAGUCCCAGAGGUUCCAGAUCGGAGACUACCUGGACAUCGUCAUCACCCCCCCCAACAGACCGCCCCCCGCCAACCCCCGCAUGAGACCCUUCUGAACCCCCCCACCUGUGUGUGUGUGUGUGUGUGAUGAACACACAAAGCACAACACGACGCGACACAGUAACCCGUCGGGUUUUUAACGUUUCCACCGCUGCCGUCGACAGCGUUGCUUUCUUCAGGUUCUUCUAUGAUGUUUUAUAAGAUGUGAUAUGAAUAAACAUUUUUUUGUUACUAA